AUGUGCUUGGAGUAUGUUGUAUCAAUCAAAGAAAAAUACGCAGAAACUGAAGAAAACUUAACUCCAAACUUAUCAAUUAAAGAUAAAAAUAUACAGAUUGAACAGAUAUUGCAUACGGAAUUGACAAUAAAGGAAGAAAUCCCUGAAGAAACUGUUUUAGUUGAAUCAAUAAUCCAAGAACACAUUGAAACUGAAGAAAAACCAACCCCACAGUUAUCAAUUAAAGAUGAAAAUAUAAGAAAUAGACAGAUAUUACAUUCAAAAUGGAUAAUAAAGGAAAAAAUCACUGAAGAAACUGUUUUAGACGAAUCAAUCAAAGAAGAAUACGCAAAAACUGAAGAAAAACUAACCUCAAAUUUAUCAAUUAAAAAUGAAAAUAUAAAAAAUGAACAGUUAUUCCACACGGAAUUGAUAAUAAAGUAA